GGCCGACCAUCUGCCGAGGCAUGUCGCAAGCCUGCGAGUACGGCGUCCUCGACUGCGCUGCCGCGGCCGCCGAUCCGUUCACCUGCUCACCCUACAACGGCGUCUACGCUGAUCAGGAAGGCAACCGCGGCCUGCUCAUUGUCGCCGCGGUGACUGCCGCUUUCAUGUGCUUCACGAUUGGGGCGAAUGACAGUGCGAACGCCUGGGGGGCGACGGUGGGCUCUGGCGCGAUCCCGCUCGGCCUCGCCGUCACGCUGGGAGGCUUUGGCGAGUGGCUGGGCGCGACGCUGCUCGGCUAUGGUGUCAGCGACACCAUCAAGAAGGGCGUCGCCUCCACCACCGACCCGGCCUGCUGGGCAUGCGGCUACUGCCACUCCGGGAUGGCUGUCUACGCCGUCGGCAUGCUCUGCGCACUCCUCGCAGCGGCCAUCUUCCUCCUACUCGCCACCCUUGCUGCGAUGCCCGUCUCCACCACCCACGCCAUCGUGGCGGGCGUCGUGGGCAUGACGAUGGUCGGCUCGGCCGACAUGGACGGCAUCGGGUGCCUGAAUUGGGCGUGGAAGGGAGGCCUCACCUCAAUCAUAGCUAGCUGGGUCAUCUCGCCCGUCCUCUCCGGCUGCAUCGCCGUCUUCAUCUACACCACGACCAAGUACGCCUCGCUCGACACGCGGCGGCCUGGCUCCAACGCCCUCCUUCUCUCGCCCUUCCUCUACUCGAUCGCGGCGUGGAUCAUGACGUUCCUCAUCAUGAUCAAGUCCAAGCCGACCAAGCACCUCGAGCGGUCCCAGCAAGCCCUCACCGCGUGCGUUGUCGCCGGGGCGACCCACAUGUACACGUCGCUCCUCGUCCCGCGCGUGCGUGAGGCGAUGCCGACGGUCCGCGCGCUGCGCGACGAGCAGGAGCAGAGCCACAAGGCGGUCAAGGAGCUGUCGGCGCGGCUCGUACGGCUCGAGGCGUCGUACAAGGACCUCGAGGAGAGGUACCUCUCGAGCAAGACCUACGGCGCCGGGCUCUUUGGCUCUACGGCGGCGGCGGCCCCCACGAACGGCAAAACUCUGGCGCGAGCGUGGACGGCCAUGACACGCGGGAGCAUGGACGGCAGCGUCCACAGCCUCGGCUCGAUCGGCUCCCGCUCGUCUUUGGUCGACUCGAUCGCCGCAAAGCACUCGAGCCCGGGCGGCAAUGGGCUGCAAACGACCGAAAUCAUACCGGAGGAGGAAGACAGGGAAGGGGAGGUCGGCGAGUCGCACGAGGACGCAGUACACGUCUUCCGGUGCAAGCUUUCGCCCGGCCAUGAAUACAUCGUCGUCUUCGUCGCAUUCCUCGAGUCGUUCGCACACGGCGCCAACGACACGGCCAACUCGACCUCGGCCUUCUCCGCCAUCUACACUGCUUUCUCGUCCGACAUGGUCGAGUGCGAGUCGACGGGAACGCCGUGGUGGAUCAUGUCCAUCGCUGGCGCGUUUGUGGCUCUCGGCGUGAUGACCCUCGGGUACCGUGUGAUCAAGACGCUCGGCACCGACAUCGCCGAGAUCAACUACCACAUGGCCUUUUGCGUCGAGUCCGCCUCGACGUGCACCGUCGUCAUCGCAACGUGCCUCGGCCUCCCCGUCUCGUCGACGCACUGCCAGGUGGGCGCGAUCGUCUUUGUCGGCAUGGCAAAGCACGGCGUCCACGGGUCCGACUGCGCCCUGUUCGGCAAGAUCGCGCUCACCUGGGUGGCGACAAUCCCGCUCGCCGCGGCAAUCGCCGCGCUGAUGCUCCUGCCGGCCCGCGCAGCGAUCACCGAGUACCACGGCGCACAGACCACCGUCGGCGACCUCGUCACGACCUUUGCUGCUUCGGCCCCCGCGCCGCCUCCGGCUUUCUGAAGCCGCAGGCCACGUCGGACCCUCUGUGCAAAAAGGCGCCCGAUACAGUUGCGUCUGCUGAUCACAGGCGAAAGAUGAUUAGAGUGGAGAUUCUGAACGCGCGCGAGGCUAGGGGAGAGCAGGUGAGAACCGGGGACUGAUCCACAUGUGCCGCCCAUGGUGCGAGAACUUCGCAGGCGGCGUGUUCGGUCGUCUGCGGAGCUCAGGCGUCGGGCGAGGGCGUGUGCGAGUUGCGGCUUGCGCUGGGUUGGGGUCGUCUUUCUGCGUCACGCGCAAUAUGUUAUUUUGCUAUGCGAGAAGACAAAAUCGGGUGCCCCCGUGAUACACGCGCUGAGCCAGCACAUCGGUUCGCGCGGUGGGGUGCUAGCUCGAGCCGUCCGAGUGUGAGAGUCAGACUAGCGACGAGCCACAUUCGCGUGCGCGCGCGCUCGGGACACGUCCCCGUCGCGAGAUACAUUUUGCGUGCCCUGGUCUGACUCCCAGCCGCUCUCGCUCGCUUUGCGCGCGCAGCUUACUUUCGAAGCGCUGAUUUGGCCGCCUCGAGGGCGGCGCUCGCCUCCAACGCCGCCAGCUAAUCACUGCCGCGCCGCCGGCGCGCUCGAGGAGGCUUGGCGCGUGAUGUUGGUUCGUGUACCGGCCUUCCCCAGUCCACAUCUAGGAUGGCUGCUUGAGCUCGAUGACCGGCAGCGCUCGCGUCGCGGGGCGACCGCCCGCGGACCGCGUGCGGCACAGCUUCGCGCAGAGACAGAUGUUGGCGGCGAGGGAGAGGGCGGCGAGCACGGCCGUCGCGAGGAGCCCGGCCACGACCGGGUCGGUGAGCGGGUACUUUGCACCGGGACCGGGCGGUGGUGGCGGGCGGAAGUGGCAUGUGAUGCGGAGCGAGGCGCCGUCUCUGCCCGGGAGGGGCACGCACUCGCCCGACGGAAAGGUCAUCUCCUGCCCGACGCCGCUGCAGCCCUCACCCGUGAAGAUAGUCUCCUUGAACCGAUUGUCCGAGGCGUCGCAGUGCUGGCCGUGGACCCAGACGCCCGCAUAAGGGACGCACGAGGUCGAGUUCUCCGGGAUCGACCGGAAGUUCAGCAGCGAGGGCUCGCCGGAGCAAUCCUCGUUGGAGUACUCCUGAACGUCGUACGUCGUCACCUUCGGCGCGGCGCACAAGCUGCACGCGAGACGGACAGUCGAGACGGAGGCGCCGGCAGACUGCCAGAGCUGCGUCGUGGGCGAGCCUUUGUCCGCCAUCGGGUCCGCGCACUGUGCUCCGAGGCCGCUGUAGCCAUCCUCGCACGGCGCAACGUAAGGGAAGCCCGGGUCUACCAAAUGCACGGGGACGGGCGGCGACGCGUAGCCCCGGUCGCCAAACGCGGCCGGAAUGAGCGAGCGGAGGUUGGCGAUGUUCUCGGUGGCGCCAUCCGGCAGCGCGGUCUUGGUGGGCAUGCAGUCGCACCCGAAGGGGAUGCACGAGGCGAACUCGGUGCAGCCGCCGAGGCGCUUGUCCUUGUACACGUGGUGCUGGAGGUAGAGGCAGUACCAGACCAUGCCAUUCGUGUGCUGGUAGCACGGAAGCCGACCGCACGCGUCGACGUCGUUCGCGUACGCUUCGACCGCAGUCGCAUUGGUGUGGGCCAUCAUGUACGAGC